UACGCGGGCGACUGCGAGUUCGCCGAUCCGUUCGUGUCGUUCCGAGGUUUGGAUAGAUUUCGCGCGAACGUGGCGAACUUGGGAGGGAUGAUGCGGGAGGUUGAUCUGCAGAUUAAGUCGUUCGAGGAGACGGAGGACGGGGUGCAGACGGAGUGGAGGUUUUCUUGCGUUUUAGACUUACCCUGGAGGCCGAUGCUCGCGGCGAGCGGGGGCACGACGCACGUGUUAAACGACGAGAAUCGGGUGGUUCGGCACUACGAGCGGUGGGACGUCGAUCCGAAGAAGGUGUUGGGGCAG